UUUGUUUAUUUUUUAACUUAUAAAUUUAGCACAAUAAAGUUAUAAAAUUAAAAGUGAAACUUGCAAAUUUUUAAAGUCUUGGAACUUAAGUUAAAUUAAUUGAUUUUUUUUUGGGAUUUUUUUUAAUCAUUUUUCCUUUUAUUUUUUUUAAUAGUAUACUAUAAUGUUUGAUUCAGCGGUUGCAUUACGUAUUCUCCCUGGCAACGAAGCUAAGUAAAUCGAAAUUAUAAACAAGAUACUUUGGAAGUAGAAUCGGUUUGAUAUCAUAUUUUUAGACAUUCGUAUGAGGUGUGGUGCGCUGGGUAUUUCUAAUUCUAAAAGGAGGCAAUAUUUUUGUGUCAUAUAUCUCUUGGUUUCUUGCACAUUGAGGAAACUAAUAUUAAGGCAAUAUGACCUUAUCAGUACCUUACAUCCGAUAAUGCACCAUGAAAUCCACCUUUAUUUUCUUUUUAAAUAUAGUAUCAGUAAUAAACUAGUAUAACACACGAAAUCAGUAUUUAAGAGAUGUUUGAUGAGAAAAAUAUGCUUGGAGGUGCAAGGAAACACCAGACUAUUAAAAUCGGAUUUCUGUGAAUAACCAAACAUCAGUUUGCGAUCAAUAUCGCUCUUGACUCUUGAAUGUUAAAGCGUGUCUGUCAGCAGCAGAAUCUGAGAAAUGCGAGCAACGAAGAGACCGACUUCGAAAUGUCAUGACGUGCUCUGAUUAAAAAGAAGGCUUUCCAACGCACUGUCCAUCGUGACGAAGCGCGCUCCCUCCGCUGGCCAAAGGAUCCACCUUUCUGUUAGGUGGAGGUGAAGUCAUUCCUGCAAGAACGAAGGCAUGAACAGUACAUGUGAAGCAGUGCACCAAACACGAAUCUGGAGAAAGUAAUCGCCAUGCGCACACCCUGAACAUGUUCGAUGAAAUGCUUCAAAGGUGUCUUCCAGCAGUCAACUCUUUUAUUACCUGGCAUGUUCGCCAACGUGAUGCUGCCACGGCCUGGGCAAUCUUUUACCGUAUGCGUUACGUGCGUUCCGACAUUGACGUUUACACUUUCACUCCUGUCUUGGGUGCCUGUUCUAUGUUGCCUAAUCCAGAGCGUGGCAAGCAAGUCCACACUUUGAUGAUCAAAACGGGUUCUGAUUCUGGAACUGUGAUCGAAACUGCUCUUAUGGACAUGUAUUCCAAAUAUGGUCUUAUGGACGAAUCGUUGAAGGUCUUUGAAGAGAUGGAAUACAGGGAUGUAAUGACUUGGAAUGUCAUGCUUUCGAAUCUUCUCCGGCAUGAUCUUCCUCGUGAAGCACUCGGUGUUUUGAUAGCAAUGAGGGGGAAGAACGUGGAAUUUAAUGAGUUUACUUUGUGUGCUGUGCUUAAAACUUGUGCCUCUCUUAAGGCCUUGAAACUGGGCAAGCAAGUUCAUGGUUUGGUGGUCUCCAUGGGUCGUGAUUUGGUGGUACUAAGUACUGCUCUUGUUGACUUCUACUCAAGUGUUGGGCAGAUCGACGAAGCUUUGAAAGUGUUUAAUACUUUGAAUUGUACAAAAGACGACAUGAUGCACAACUCGUUGAUUUCUGGAUGCUUAAGGAAUCAAAGGUACGAAGAGGCGUUCUCUGUCAUGCGUAUGAUGAAACCUAAUGUUGUUGCGCUCACCAGCGCCCUUGCAGCUUGCUCUGAGAAUUCGGAUUUGAGGAUAGCAAAACAGAUACAUUGUGUUGCUAUACGUCAGGAUUUCACUUCUGACACACAAUUAUGCAAUGUCUUGUUGGACAUGUAUGCAAAAUGUGGUGAGAUUUUGCAUGCUCGAUUAUUGUUUGAUAGAAUUAGUCGAAAAGAUGUUAUUUCCUGGACAAGUAUGAUCGAUGCAUAUGGGAACCAUGGGCAUGGGCAUGCAGCUGUUAUGCUGUUUGAGGAGAUGAGUGAGAACGGAACUAUGGUAUUGCCCAAUCUGGUAACUUUUCUAGCUGUUUUAUCAGCUUGUGGUCACUCUAUGUUGGUGGAGGAAGGACGAAAAUGUUUUCAAUUGGGGAGGGAAAAAUACGGUCUUGAACCAGGUCCAGAACACUAUGCCUGCUUCAUAGAUAUCCUCGGUCGAGCUGGUAGAGUGGAUGAAGCAUGGUCUAUAUAUUACCAUAUGAUGGAGCUCGGCACUAAGCCUACUGCAGGUGCAUGGAUAGCAUUGUUGAAUGCUUGUAGCCUUAACAUGGAUGCUAAAAGAGGUGAAUUCGCUGUAAAACAUCUCUUGGAGUUGGAACCUAGUAAAGCUAGCAAUAUUGUUCUUGUAUCAAAUUAUUAUGCAGCCAUUGGAAGGUGGGAUUGUGUUGAUGAACUGAGAAAUAUCAUGAGCACAAAAGGGUUAUUUAAGGAAGCUGGCAAUAGCUGGAUUACUGUUGCUGGCUCCAGUCAAGGUCUCAAGUCAUUGUCCUCUUGAUUAUUCCAUGCUCUAGGUUAUGUUUGGAUUAAGGGAAACAGAGAUGAAGUAAAAGGAAGUGAUGGGUUGAUUUAGAUCUAAAUUAAGCAUUCCCUUCUCUAAUCCUUUAUUCUCAUUGCCGUCUACUUAUAAUUCCGGCAUGUAUUAUCUGUUAUUCCACGGAUUAUUCCUUGGGCGCAGGGGCAUAGAUAUGUAGAGCAAUCCAUUGCUGGGGCUAAGGUCAUCAGUUCCGCACGCGAGUUCCCAGGCCUCAGUCCAGUGGAUGGUGAACAGCUCUUUAAAAACAAUAGUUCUUUGACCAGAAAAGAAUCUUAACAUCUUCUGGCUGCACUGCAAUUACUUAAAAAAAAAAAAUAGAUUUUCCAUGGCCUUAUUCCAAACGUAAAGUUUGGGAAUAGACUAAACUCUUGAUAGGAGCCUACACCUUAACAUAUUUCAAGUCUAAGCUAUUAAAUAAGCCAACGUUCAAGUUCAGGCCUAAGUUAAAUAGACUGGACCCAAUUUUUUAAGGUUUAAUUUACGAGUUCAAAAAGUUAGCCUAUUUACACACACAUGUAAUGUAAUAUAUUACACACUCAUCAGCAGUUUCACCAUUUAAUUUUUAAUCAAUUUUAUUCUUUUUAACCUCUAGUUAUAUUUUCAAUUAAAUUAGACUUAUAUAUUGAUUUUCAUGUUAUUACUUUAUUAUUGUAUUGUUGUUGGUAAAUCUUUUUAAUUAUUAUAUAUUGUAAUUCAUAAAUCAGGUUAUAUAUAUAUAUAUAUAUUAUAUGUAAUAUAUAUAUAUAUAUAUAUCACAUAUAUAAGGCCUAACAAUCUUAAAGUAUAUUUAAAAUGUUUAAAAUUAAAAUGUGAGUUUAUUUAAAAGGUUUAUUUUUAAGUAGGCGUUUUAAAUAGGUUUUCAGGUUAAACCAAGCUUCAGAUAGGCCUAAACUUGAGUCAUGAAAAAAGCUUAUAUAUAUUUCAGGUCAGAUUCAAGCAUUUGAUUUACCACACAGGUUUAAGUCUAUUUGGUUAAAGCUUGAUUUAGCUAACUUAUUUCACCCCUACUCAACGCUACAAAUGAUGGAUCGUUUUUGUUGGAAGCAUGUCAAUCAACAAAGACGUCAAAUGUAUAUAACACAAGCAACUUAUCGCCAAGAAUGGGUAUAUAGUCCAAGUUGAAGGAAGACGUUUGAUAAAGAAUUCUGGUUUAGAUUAGGUUAAAGGAUUCAUACUUCGUAAACUAGCAUAGCUGAAAAUUUGAACUGAA